GCGGGGCGAGGGAUGACCGCAGCCCCAGGCGUGUCCCGGAGCAACCCUUGGGCACGGACUCCGAGCGUUCCCCUGGGUCCGCAGCAUCCUGCGGGACAAUCCUGGAGUAUUCCCCGGCAGGGACCCGGAGCGACCCCCGGCAGGGACCCGGAGCGACCCCCUGGCGGGUCCCGGAGCGUCCCCCGGGCCCUCCCGCUCUCGCCGAGGGCGCUCCGGGCUGAGGCGAUGGCGCCGGGUGUGAGGGCCGGGGGCCGGGGCUGCGCCGGGCCCCGGGGUUAAACGGGGAAGGCGCUGCUGCUUUUUGUGCCUUCUCCGUUAAUAAUCGCUGUCUGUCGGGGCGCUGAGCCGAGCAAGAUGAUGAGGAUGGGGAGGGAGAAGAUGAUGCCGAAGUUCAGCAGGAGUGCCUGAAGAAAUUUUCAACGCCUGAUUAUAUAAUGGAACCGUCUAUAUUUAACACGUUAAAGAGAUAUUUCCAAGCAGGAGGAUCUCCAGAGAAUGUAAUUCAGCUCCUCUCUGAAAACUACACUGCAGUGGCACAGACUGUCAAUUUGCUGGCAGAGUGGCUCAUUCAGACAGGUGUUGAGCCAAUGCAGGUUCAGGAGACUGUAGAGAACCACUUGAAGAGUUUACUGAUCAAGCACUUUGACCCUCGGAAAGCAGAUUCCAUCUUUACAGAGGAAGGAGAGACUCCAGCCUGGCUUGAGCAAAUGAUAGCACAUACCACGUGGAGAGACCUUUUUUACAAAUUGGCAGAAGCCCAUCCUGAUUGUUUAAUGCUUAAUUUUACUGUGAAGCUAAUAUCUGAUGCUGGGUAUCAAGGGGAAAUAACCAGUGUUUCAACAGCAUGUCAGCAACUAGAAGUAUUUUCCAGAGUCCUGCGUACAUCUCUGGCAACAAUUUUAGAUGGAGGAGAAGAAAACCUUGAGAAAAACCUCCCUGAGUUUGCUAAGAUGGUGUGCCAUGGAGAACACACUUACCUCUUUGCCCAGUCCAUGAUGUCCAUCCUGGCCCAGGAGGAGCAGGGCGGCUCCGCUGUCCGACGCAUCGCGCAGGAGGUUCAGCGCUACGCCCACGAGAAAGGCCACGAUGCCAGUCAGAUCACCUUAGCACUGGGUACUGCAGCCUCCUACCCCCGAGCUUGCCAGGCUCUGGGGGCAAUGCUGUCCAAAGGAGCUCUGAAUCCAGCAGAUAUCACUGUCCUCUUCAAAAUGUUUACAAGCAUGGACCCACCUCCAGUAGAACUGAUUCGAGUGCCUGCAUUUCUGGACCUCUUCAUGCAGUCCUUGUUUAAACCAGGUGCUAAGAUCAACCAGGAUCACAAACAUAAAUAUAUCCACAUACUGGCAUAUGCAGCUAGUGUUGUAGAGAUGUGGAAAAAGAACAAGAGAGUCAGCAUCAACAAGGAUGAACUCAAGUCGACCUCAAAAGCCAUUGAGACUGUUCACAAUCUGUGUUGCAAUGAGAACAAAGGGGCAUCAGAGCUGGUUGCAGAACUGAGCACUCUCUAUCAGUGCAUCAGGUUCCCAGUGGUGGCUAUGGGUGUGUUGAAGUGGGUGGACUGGACAGUGUCAGAGCCACGGUACUUCCAGCUGCAGACUGAUCACACCCCAGUUCACCUGGCACUGCUGGAUGAGAUCAGUACGUGCCAUCAGCUGCUUCAUCCCCAAGUUCUGCAGCUUCUUGUCAAGCUCUUUGAAACAGAACAUUCUCAGCUGGAUGUGAUGGAGCAGCUGGAGCUGAAGAAGACUCUCCUGGACAGGAUGGUUCACUCGCUGAGCCGAGGCUACGUCCUGCCCGUCGUCAGCUACAUCCGCAAAUGCCUGGAGAAGCUGGACACCGACAUCUCCCUCAUCAGAUACUUUGUGACAGAGGUGCUCGAUGUGAUUGCUCCUCCAUAUACCUCAGACUUUGUACAGCUUUUUCUUCCAAUCUUGGAGAACGAAAGUAUUGCAGGCACUAUAAAAACAGAAGGUGAACAUGAUCCUGUCACAGAGUUCAUAGCUCAUUGCAAAUCUAACUUUAUUAUGAUGAACUAAGCAGUGGAAAAUAUCAAGAAUGCAACCAGAGCUCAUGAUCACUGCUUUGCCAUGCUCUCCACCUGUGAGAUUCUGUAACUGGGGGGGAAAAAAAACCAACAAAACCAACAACCCUAAAACAAGGAGGAAGAGGCUGAAGGGCAUUUGCUUGACUUGCAUGGUGACCUUGAAAUUCUUAACCAGAGGACUGUUUAUGUUUUUUAUCAGAGAACUGUUAAUGUCAUUUGGAAAGUGGAAUGACACCAAAGGUCUUUCUCUUCUUGCACAAAUCAGUACAAAUCAAUGUUCUGAAGAGGAUGGAUAGCAAGAAACAGAUUUAUUUGAAAGAACUUGCAGAAUUUGUCACUGUUUCUUUGUGUAAUAAACAAAAUAUGAAGAAUGGGUAAGGUAAUUCCUACUAAAAACACUUUGCAGAUAGUUCUCUGGAAGUGUCUUGAAUGCUCUAGGCUUUGAUAUUGCAAGCUGUAAGAAAUAGGAAUUUGUGGAUUUGCUCUGGGCCUGCAGCACAAAAGCCCUAAUGGCUGUUCCUCCCCUUUGCAUUAUUUUAGAAUUCUAAAUAUCCUACAUGAAAAUAAAAAAUGUGUUUGGUGUAACACAAGAGGAGUUGCAACAGCCAAGGUUAGUUUUGUAUUAAGAGAGGAAUUCUGUGUGAGUGUGUUACCUUUCAAAAUCUAUUUUUUGCUAAAUAGAUGCAUCAGAUGUUUCUGGUAAGUUUCAUUACCGUGUCAUUACUGUCCCAAAAUAUGAAAUGUGUGCCCAAAUUUCAUUACUGCUUGUUGUGGCUUUGUUUUUAUACUGAUGUCUACUCUGUCCUGGCUGCUGCCAAACUGUGGGAGAACACCCAACAAUAUAACUUACCUUUAAAUAAAGGUGUUUGUUCUUUUCCAGA